AUGUCGGCGCUGGUGCUGGUGCUGCUGGCGGCGCUGGGCGGGCGGGCCGUGCUGCCGGGCGGGCGGUGCGCGGCGCCGCUGGCCGACCUGCGCUCGCAGAUCUCGGGCGUGGAGUCGCUGCUGGAGGAGUUCCGCCGGCAGCUGCAGCAGGAGGAGCCGGGCCCGCCGGCGGCGGCGGCGGCGGCAGGAGGCGGCGGCGAGCGGUGCGGCGGCAGCGGCGGCUUCUCCGCCAGGCCCGACUCCAUCAUCCGCACCAAGGACUCCAUCGCGGCCGGCGCCACCUUCCUGCGGGCCCCCGGCGGGGCGGCGGGCUGGCGGCAGUGCCUGGACGCCUGCUGCGCCGAGCCGCGCUGCACGCUGGCCGUGGUGCAGGCGCCCGGGCGGCCGCGGGCUGCGGCGGCGGCGGAUCUGGGCUGCUACCUCUUCAACUGCACCCACCGCGGCCGGCCCGUCUGCCGCUUCGCCCCGCACCGCGGCUACAGCACCUACAGCCGCCGGCCCGCCGCGCCGACGGAAGAAGAAUAUGAUGAGCCUCCCCUGUGCAAGGCAGGACAAGAUGUUGUGCUGCAGUCACCUGUCGACUGGGUGCUUUUGGAUGGCAGAGAAAGUUCAGAUGACCAUGGAAUUGUGCAGUAUGAAUGGAUGUUGCUCCAAGGUGACUCAGCUGUUGAAAUGAAGGUACCACAGCCAGGAACGCUGAAGCUGUCUCACCUUCAGGAAGGCACAUACAUUUUCCAGCUAACCGUGACAGACACUGCUGGUCAGCGGAGCUCGGAUAACGUCUCUGUGACCGUUCUUCCUAUGGCUCAUUCUGCAGUAGCCUGUGUCGGGGUUUGCUCUCGCUACCAGUUUAUCUGUGAUGAUGGCUGCUGCAUCGACAUCACAUUUGCUUGCGAUGGAGUGAAACAGUGCCCUGAUGGCUCCGACGAAACUUUCUGCCAGAACCUCAGCCAAGGCCGGAAGACAGUGACUCACGCAGCCUUUGGCACUACUCAGCAAAGGACUGUAGGACUGACUGAACAUACAGAUGAAAACUCUGCAGAAAACACCCUGAAGGCCACUGUCAGAAAUCAGCCGCUCCUUCCACUGGAUGCAGACAUGUCUAACCAAUCGCUUUCUCAGGGACCAAAGAAACAAAACAGCGGAUUUGUGCCAGAUAACAGUUCCUCAGGGAAAAAAACAGAUGAUAAAAAUGGAAGUGGCAUAACUGUGCCAAAGAGAGAUCAGCUUGGAGGUGGUCACCCAGUCCCAGAAACAGGUGCUGUACUGCCUUUGGCCUUAGGCUUGGCCAUCACUGCUUUACUGCUGCUUAUGGUUGCUUGCAGACUGCGUUUAGUGAGACAGAAGCUUAAAAAAGCUCGACCCAUUACAUCUGAAGAGUCUGAUUACCUCAUCAACGGGAUGUAUCUCUGAAAAUCAGAUUUAGGUCUGUCGUUUUCUCCCCUGUCUCCUGUGUCCAUGUACCUCUGCCUCUUAAAAAGGACCAAAGUCUUUAGUUAAGUUUCAAAUGUAGAAGCCUCCAAGGUGAGGAACGCGUUCUCCCCCUUUGAUGAAGAAGUGAAGAUGUGGGUGGGUGCCCACCUUCAGAAACUCAGAAGCCUUCAGGCUCCGGCGGGCGGCUCCGGCUGACCUUGCAGAAGACGCCGUCGGGUGGAGAACCCCCCGGGGACGUGGGGGUGCCCUCGCCCUCCCCGCAGCAGCCGGGCCCCAGGGCCCUGUGCCGGGGCAGCCAAGGCAGCAGGUCCCCGUGGCGCUGGCCGGGGCGUAGAGGGCAGCUCGUCACUGCCCUGCUGCCACCAGCGCGCUCCACGCUGGGUACGGGGACGCGCCAGACCAGUGUGACUGUGCUGUCUGGCAGAGACCGAUCUCUGCGCUUCCCACCCGACACACAGGGAGCAUUUUCAUGAAAUAAUUUUGUCUUGCUUUGUUAAUUAAAAGCAAUCGCCAUCUAAGCACCAGCUUUUGUAACGAAAUUUGGGAUUUAAGGAACAGACCGUAUUUUUCAUUCCUAGUUUAAACCUCUGUGCAGCUAACAGAGCCAUGCUUACGGAAGUGAAAACACAAGUAGAGGAUGAGUUUGGACUUAGCAGUGUCCAACGGCUGUUGUGUGAGAUCCCAGAGCUGCAUCUCUCCCCGGAGCUCAUGGCUUGUUGAGCCUUUUCCACCCCCAGCUCCACGCACUCCACCUUGCGAAACAGCAGCGGGCUGCAGCUUUUCUCUGACACCAGCCCCAGCUUUGCUAGCGGUGGCCAGAUCUGUGGUGUUGGGAGUUCUGUCGGGGUGAAAACCAAAGUUAGUCGUAGCCAAACAGGCACGGUCAGCGUGACUGCUGCCUCUAGCGAGCGGUUGAACCCUGCCCCUGCUUCCCCGGAGCCUGGGAGCCGUGCUGGUUAAAACUCUUAGCUCCCUGCAAAGCUUGAAAGCUUCAGCGACGUGUCCCCACCCCAGCAAAAUUCUCCUAGAAUUAGAGCAAGUAAUUGAUAUGUGUGAGUGAACUUCAGAUGUGUUAACAGUAAACUGCGUACAGUACAUGUUAUAUAUACAUAUAUAUAGACACCGUGCUGUCUAUCUUGUUUGACUGUCCGAGGAUGUCGCAUUCAUCAUGGGUCCCAAUGAAAGCAGAGGCAGGUGAGGCAUGCAUCUUUUUGUAUGUCGUCUUUUGUACUUCAGUAACUCCAAGUCAACAAGAAUCUUGCCAUGGUACACAGAUAGCUCUUUGAGUUGCUUGGUCUUGUUUAAUUUAUGUAAAAUAGCUCUAAUAAACCUAUUUUGUUCUUACA